AUGUGGAACUAUGUUGGAAUCGUUCGGUCAACAACGAGGAUAGAAACUGCUGAGCAGAGGAUCGGGGAGUUGGAAUUAGAGUGGGAGACCGACUUACUUCAGCAAGGGUGGGAACCAACAACGGUGGGGAUCGAGGUUUGUGAAAUGAGAAACCUAGGGGUGACUCAAGGUAAUUUGAGGCUUAAAACGCCCUGGAGAAACCUCUUCUGCUGUGCUAAGCUGGUGGUAAGCCGAAAGCCGUGGGCUGCACUACACCAUCGAUUUCCCUCAUUUGGAGGAAAGCAAGAGGCUGCCAACAAUAAUCUUCCCUUGUUCACCUGUGAAUGA